UACAGUCAGACACAUCCCUGUCUGGUCAUGUUACCUCCUAAGUUCACUGCUAUGGCACUGGCAAUUCUGCAGGACUGGUGUGGAUGGAUGGGUGUCAACGCCCAGCGCUCACUGCUUAUCCUGGGCAUCCCCGAUGACUGUGAAGAAGAAGAAUUUCGGGAGGCAGUGGAGGCUGCCCUCAGGCCCCUGGGCAGGUACCGAGUGCUUGGCAAGGUGUUCAGAAAGGAGAUUGGAGCAAAGGUCGCUUUGGUUGAAUUCACCGACAAUUUAAACCAAAGUUGUGAGGAAGGAGCCUUUGAUGUGGCAGGAGGGGCACAUGGGGCUGGAGCGUGGACCCAGCAGUGGAGCCAAGCCCUGCAGCCCAUCCUGGAAAACAUGGCCUACCAGGAGCUGAGACACUUCUCUGGGAUGGAAGAGCCUGGCUGUGGGGGUCAGUCUUUCGAGAGCUGGCUGGACUAUGCCAAUGACAUGCUAUACCUGUGGCGCCACAUAUCUGAGAGGGAGAGGAGGCGGCGUCUGGUGGAGAGCUUGGAGGGCCCUGCCCUGGACCUCCUGUGUGAGCUUCUGGAACAGCAUCCAGACUCCUCUGCUCAGGACUGCCUGGCUGCACUGGUUCAGGUGUUCGGUAACAAGGAUACAGCGAUGACAGCGCGGCUCAAGUUCCUGACUUGCUCCCAGCAGCCUCAGGAGACCCUGCUUGCCUAUGUGAUGCGCCUGGAAGGUCUGUUGCAGACGGCCAUGGAGAAGGGGGCCAUCCAGCCUGCAAUGGUGGAUCAGGCAAGGGCCCAGCAGGUGCUGAUGUGGGCUCGGCCCAACCAGAUGCUGCAGAGCAACCUGAGAAGGAUGAGUCUGGAGAGGCGGCCACCUGGCUUUUUGGGGCUGCUCAGGCUCGUCAGGGAGACUGAGGCAUGGGAGGCAGCUCUGGCUGGAAAUGUGGAGGUCCAGGAGGGGGAAGGGGUGGAAGUACAUGGUGGGCAGCUGGAUGUGGUCCAGGCUGCCCUUGUCAGUGUUGGGGUUGCUGAGCCUGCCCCUGCAGUUAGAGAGGCCUUCCGAGCCAGUGAAGAUGCUGGCCAGGCUGCUGCUGCUGCUGUUCAGGAAGCUGCUGGCGCUGCUCCUGAUGGUGAUGGUGCCACAAAGGCAGACCCUGGUUCUGGUGAGGCCAAGGCCUUCCCUGUCACCCAGAGAGAUAAAAAUGUGUCAGCCCCUGCUGACUCAGGCCAGGCAGGGCCCACUGAGAGCCUAAGUGUGCUUGAGAGCAUGGCUCAGGCUGGAGAGCAAGAAGCAGAGCAGCAUGUACCAGAGGGGCUGAAGGAAGAGUCCGAAAAUGAGGAUGGGGCAUGGGAGUCUAGUCACCCCAAGUCCUUCCUUGGCAAAUAGGCUCAGAAGGUCCAUCCAGGGGCUCCCUCCUACCUCAGACAUCCAAGUCCUAGAGGCAGGCAAGGUAAGCCCAGGGCCUGUGCUUUACUGUAAAAGUAGAGCAGGGCCCACAAAAGGUUUUGCUCGACCUUAAACCAACCCCCUCCCUCAACUUCCCAAGGAGUCCUAGCCACCACCACCACCUCCUUCCAUUCUAGGUAUCCAUGUGCCCUUUACCAUGACAGUGUUACCUCCAGAGCUAGUCCUAAAUUGUUACGACUUAGUUUGCCUAAAGUAGAUUGCUGAGGGUCCAUUUUCAGAGUUAAGGGUGUGACCUAGAAUCUAGCUGGAUGAUGCAGAAAAGAGGCCAUCCCAACAUUUCCUUGUUCUCCUAACACAGGCAGCCCACCCUCAUUUACAGUCUACAAAGACUGCUCUCUGCCAUGGGAGGGUCACUCUGAUCUGCCUCAUCUCAUAGUGACCUAGCAUAUCCAGAGCAUUCGUCUCCACACACCUCAUCCAUUGGUUCUGUACCAAGCAGUGAGAUAAAUUAACCUGGACCAGUAGAGGUUCUGGCUGCCCACUCAACAUUGCACAUGCAUGAGCACAGGCAUGUGCAGUAAGAUGGUGUGCUAGUUAAGCCUUUCUUGCUCAUCUAAACUACUGUCUGCUUUCUCAGGAUGAACAUAGGUAGGCCACUGGCUGGUUGUUAUCUAGAUGUAUGCAUUAUUUGAGCAGGUUGUUUUCAGCGACAUCCCCAAAUCCAGCAACAGGAGGCAGUGGAAAGAACAGAAGACAAAGGACUGGCUGGUGUUCACUUUGUGACUGUCAGAUGAUUAAUCUUCAUGGGCAAAAUGACAUGGACCUGGGAGGGGAUUGACCACUGUUUAGAUGUUCCAUUUAUGUUAUUCAUGACUCCUAUUCUACUUGGUGGGGUAUUCUGUGUUGUGAUUUCUAAUGACCUGUAACUGGCCUUUGUCAAUAAUAGGACAGGGCCAUCUCACAGUAUGUGACCUCUUGAGGUGAUCCUCCAAAGU